CGUGAAUGGGGGGUUUGCGGCAUUCCCACACACAUUAAGGUUAUUAUUAUUGAGUGAAAGAGAGAGAGUAGAGGAUAUGGGGCUAUUUUUUCUUUGAGGUUUUUACACAAGUUGCUUUUUGGUUUGCUUUUAGAACAAGUUUUGUUUGAGCUUCCGUUUUAUUUUGAACGGAGAGGCCGUAUUAUCUUUUUGGGGGGGUGUGAACUAGUUUGUUUUUGUUGCGACUUGCUUUUGAGUCAAAAAACAAUGAAUCUCGUCGCAACAGUCUUUUUCCUCGUCCUCACGACGACGACGAAAAGUACCUACGCCCACCUGACAGACCUCUUCCUCCUCCCAACACCCAACAAUCCCUGCCCAACAAUAACCCACUUGAACACAACAAUAUGCAAAACCACAGAACUCGCUCCCAACACCGAAACCCGACUCGGGUGGGCAAGCAACACCACUGGCGGACUCGUAUCCCUCUUUUUCGAAGCGACACCAACAACUUUUAUUGCAUCCAACCUCUCUUCAACGGAAACCACCCUCUUCAUUCCCUCCACACCUAUUCGUAUCGGUGCCUUGUACACUCGUAACGGAACGACAGACCCACCUUUGUUCAUUACCCUCACAGCUCCCUCUUCGUCCAACACCGUCUCCCAUAUCGCAUUGAUCGUAGGUUUAUCCUCGAUUCUAGCCCUAACUGUCCUCCUAGCAAGUUUCUUUUGGUGGAGACGUCACAUUCGAAAUCAACCCGGCUACGCAUCUCGUAAAGUCCAACGAAAACGCGGCAUGUCUGUCAUACCCGUUUUUGAUCGAUUUUGGCCAAAAGAUGAGGAUACGAGUCCUGUCUUGCCCCCUCGCCCGUGUUUUCGACCUAGCCAUGAUGUCGUCCCUCCAACCCUUUGUCGAACAUUUACAUGGCAAAAGGACUCUGUGGUUGUUUUGGAACGUGAACCGAGUUCUGGUGAAGUUCCUGAUGGGUGGGAUGAGGAAAGUGGGUUUGGGGAUACGAAACGCAUCGUGCAUUGAAUAUUGUGGUGGGCGUUUUCUUAAUGUUUUGUGUGAAAUGAACUAGUAUAUGUAUAUAUGUUUUUUUUUGAGAAUAGUUUAUUGUCUUGUAUUUAUUGGAAAAAUGAAAAGUUUUUUAAUACAUGAGUCGUUCGUAGUUUAAG